UCGAACGACAUGGCUAUGGGAAAUCGCUGUUCGUUGUUGCUAACGUUGUAUCUGUUUCCGUUGACAGUGAUUGUCGGAGCUUCGGCAACCGGUUACGGGUAUGGCCCGAAUCCGAAUUCAUAUGAUUCCAAGAAUAAGUUUUUUCCAGAAGUUUUCAGCGUGCAAGGAGUCGUUUACUGCAAAUCUGCUUCCGGAGUCAUCCCGCACAAAGGAAGUGUAGUAAGAAUUACAUGCCUAGGGCUUGAUAAAGACGGCUAUGAAACGGCUCCAUUCUCGGUUUUGAGCCGGCCGACCGACGCCAACGGCUACUUCCUAGCCAAGCUUUCAUCCGAGCUGCUUGAAGCCGACGGCUUCAGAAUUACGCAGUGCAAAACCUUCCUCCACAGCUCAAAGCUCAAGGCUUGCCCUUUCGCCACCAACAUCGGCAGUGGCUUGAGCGGCGCGCCUCUAUCGGCUUAUCGGACGCUCGGCUCCAGCAAACUGAGGUUGUACUCCGUCGGCCCUUUUGUUUACGAUUCUACCCCUCAACAAAAGACACCUUCGCACUAUUGAAGAAGAUAAUCCUUAAGAAACCUUCAUGUUGUACCUUACAUUUUUAAUUUCUUAUUUUAAAUUUUACUAUUAUUUUGGCUCUUAAAUCUAUGACUAUGGAUUAUAUUUUAAAUUUUAUUAUUUUAUCUCUUCAA